GAAUAAAAAGUUUAUAUUUACUAUUUGAUAAUAUAAUAUAAUAGAAUCGACAUUGGCCUGUUCUAAUAUUAAUAGUAUUAUAUCAAUUAGCUUAGAUAACCUCUUUCCCCCUCAUUCAAUCAAACACCGACUUAUUAAUCUCCUUCAGUCAAAACAUUCACCUACUUGCUAUACAGCUACAUUACUUCUACAACCUUCAAAAUUAGCCCACUUCAAUGGAUACCCUUCCCCAUUGCAAGUUGCGAAAGUGCAGAACAACCUCAGUACACGACUACAUCUGAGGGGACAAUCUCAACACACUGACAUAGUACUACUCUAUCUACAAGCAAGAUUUCAACGUUAAUACACCACCAUACUUACACAGCAUACAAUAAACAUGGCUUCAGUGUUGCCCAUCUUCCCAAAGUUCGUCUUCGCCGUCUUGGAGCCGAUUUUACUUGUGGCUGCGUUCAUAGUUGCAAUGAUCUCCCCAGAAUGGUUUAUUCAGGAGCAGGUUGUCAUUUCGCGUCACCUAUCCAUUAGUGAUAAUGCACGGGCUGUUGCACUUCAAUUAGGCAUGGUAUAUCUUCUGAUGGCCAUGGUAGAGAUUGCCAUUCUUAGCGGCACGCAAGAGGCGAAAGUCGUUAGGAACUAUCUCUUUGCUUGUUGGUUGGGCGAUAUUGGCCAUUUUGCUGUUACCUACCGUGUCUUGGGAUGGGAAAGGGUCGGAAAUAUCACACAAUGGAAUUCGAUGACUUUUGGAAAUAUAGGAGUCACGAUUUUCUUGUUCUUGACACGUUCAGCCUAUCUUCUUGGCCUGUUCGGUCCUCAUAAUAAAGGCUCCGCAAAGCUUGCUUGAGACGAGACCAUUUGAAAUGAGCCGCGAGGCUUAAGGAAAGCACACAUGCAUGAUAUAGUCAGCCCAAGAGUCGCUCCACCAUUGAGCGACUGGCGAAUAUAUCGGUUUGAUUUGGGCAACAUUACACAAGGAACUUUCCGUUGAUGCUCGUUGGACCGCAAUCAGCCAUAUAAAUGGACACUCAAUAACAAAUUUGUAUCUUGGUGCAAUGUUCUGCA